GCUGGCAACGCUGUAAGAAAAGAAAAUACGGCAGCGUGCUCCCGUUUUCCACCCACGUUUUGUUAUAAUUUAAUAAGUAUUACGGUCUGAGACCGAUUUUCCACUGCAUCAGCAGGCAACAAAGUCCAGGCGAUUGAAAACUGAAGUCAGAAAAAGGGGUGAAAACGGAUUUUCAUGCAACUGCAUGUGCGGCUGUGUGAGUGAGCAUUGGAAUUCGCCUCUGUGUGUGGCGUAUUACGUGUCUGUGUGUAUGAGACGGACCAAAAAAGCCGACAUCAGCGCCCAUUUUUUGUUGUUGAUUCAUUAAAACGCCCGUCAUGCGCCAGUAUUUGUGAGUUGGAGCAGCGCCCCAUCUCACUCGCACUCAGCGGCGGCAGUCGAAGAAACAGUUGGCGCAGAAAGAGCGCAGGGAGCGGCAGAAGAAGAAGCACCAGCACUAGCGGCAGUCAACGUCAUAAAAUUUGUCAUCGCAUUUGGCACAAAAACUAACAGUUAAUUUAAUUCGUCAUGAUCCUGCUGGAAAUCAAUAAUCGGAUUAUCGAGGAGACGCUGCUGGUCAAAUACCGAAAUGCCCAGGCGGGACUGAAGCCAGAAUCGAUAGACAUACGGAUAGCAGACUUUGACGGAGUGCUUUAUCACAUUUCCAAUGUGAAUGGCGAUAAAACGAAAGUUCGGAUCAGCAUAUCGCUAAAGUUCUACAAACAACUGCAAGAGCAUGGAGCCGAUGAGUUGCUGAAGCGUGAAUAUGGUAGUCUGCUAACAGACACGGAAGAAGGCUACAAUGUUUCUGUACUUAUAAAUCUGGAGGAGAUUCCCGAGGACUGCGAACAAAUCGCAAAGAGAAUCGGUCUGCUGAAGCGCAACUGUUUUGCCUCCGUUUUCGAGAAGUAUUUUGACUACCAGGAACAGGGUGAAGAGGGCCAAAAGCGUGCCGUAAUUAACUACCGCAACGAUGAGACUUUGUAUGUGGAGGCCAAGCCUGAUCGUGUCACCGUCGUCUUCAGCACCAUUUUCCGAGAUGAAGACGAUGUUAUUAUCGGCAAAGUUUUCAUGCAGGAAUUGAGGGAAGGACGUCGUGCCUCGCACACAGCGCCGCAAGUGCUCUUUUCGCACCGCGAACCGCCACUGGAAUUGGCCAACACGGACGCCAGGGUGGGCGACAACAUCGGCUAUGUCACAUUCGUGCUUUUCCCUCGACAUACCAACAAAGAAACAAGGGACAAUACCAUUAACCUAAUUCACAUGUUCCGAGAUUAUUUGCACUACCACAUUAAGUGUUCAAAGGCCUACAUUCAUUCACGUAUGAGGGCAAAAACCUCUGAUUUCCUCAAGGUGCUAAACCGUGCAAGGCCCGAGCCGAAAAACACGGAGAAGAAAACUAUAACGGGGAGAACUUUCAAACGCAUCGAAUGAUGUGUGCAGUAUAUUUAGUUGUUUUUAUAAAAAUAUAAAAAAAAUAAAUUGUGUAUUUAAAAGCGAAA